AUGGAUAAGUUGAUCAGCGUAUAUAAAGGUCCACUUUUUCUCAAGUUUCAUAAAUAUUUAUUGUUUGGUGCUCUACAAAAAGCGCCAAAAGGUUACAUUUAUGGGGAGAGUAACAGCAUUGCUUUUGUCUUUUUCGUCCGCAAUAAACUGUUCCCAGAAAGGUUUUCCUGUAAUUCGAGGCUCUUCUAUCGUUGUUACCAGCAAACAAGUCAAGAAGGGAAUGAAGUAUCUCCGAAGAAGAAAAGUCAAGAAGGGAAACCAGAGGAAAAGCAGACUGCCAACAAGACUUCUGAUGUAAAACUUGAUGAACUGAACACCAAGACAAAUGAUGGAAGGUCAUACAAUGUGAAAAUUGUUUCUUGGAAUUGUGCAGGGUUGAGAGCCAUGGUCAAGAAAAAUGGAUUAGAUUAUUUGAAAAAGGAAGAUGCAGACAUAGUUUGUCUUCAGGAGACAAAAUGCACUGAAAAUGAAUGUCCACCAGAGGUUAAUGCUUUAAAAGGUGGUGGUCUUUCAUUUGCAAAAAAGUCAAACCUGCAAUACAAUAUGUACCUUUUACCUGCAGAGAAAAAGGGUUAUAGUGGUACUGCAUUGUGGACGAAGAAAAAACCUUUGAAAGUCACCUACGGAUUAGGUAUUGACAAACAUGACAAAGAGGGACGCUUAAUCACAGCUGAAUACGAGAAGUUUUAUCUUGUCACCUCCUAUGUUCCAAACUCAGGAAGAGGUCUUGUAAAUUUGGAAUAUCGAAUGGGAUGGGAAAAAGACAUGAAGACCUAUCUGAAGAAACUUGAAGAGACAAAACCUGUUAUAUUUUGUGGUGAUCUGAAUGUUGCACAUAAUGAAAUUGAUAUUGCAAACCCAAAAAGCAAUGUCAAAAAUCCUGGUUUUACAAAAGAAGAGAGGGAGAAGUUUACUGAUUUGUUAGAGGUUGGGUUUGUUGACUCAUACCGACAUCUUAACCCAGAUAAGACUGGGACAUAUACAUUUUGGUCUUAUAUGGGGAAUGCAAGAGACAAGAACAUUGGUUGGCGACUUGAUUACUUUGUUUUGUCUAAGUCACUGCUUGGUGACCUUUGUGACAGCUCUACCAGAUCCUCUGUUACUGGAAGUGACCAUUGCCCAAUCGUACUGCUCAUGGCAUUGUAACCAGUCAAUGUACACAGUACAGAAAUGACAGCAUAGAUGCAAACCCAACAAGAUUUUUAAAUAUAUCAUCAAAUGUUCUUUUCAUAACCUUUUAGGCACUGUUAGAGUUCUACAUAUUUGAGCAAAAAAGCCUUAUAAAUACAUGUCCACCAUACAAUAGUAUUUCCGGAAAACACCCUUUUCAGAAGCCAUCAAAUUUGCUCAAUUAAUUAAUUUUUGAUGAUCAGGGAAAAUUUCAGACCUUAAAUCAGCUUUGUACAAAAUUAAUUUCUUGUCUUAUAUCCAGGUCUUUUUCCACAAAGGUGGUGAAAACAAAAAGUUGAGCCAUGAGAGAACAAAUUUAAUUUUUCAACAGACUGUGCAAUAUGGUAGUUAAAGUCCUAUGUCACAUAAAUUUUAGCCCACCCUAUUUCCCUUUUGUAGUCUCUACAUUUUGGCAACAGGCCAAAACUGAAGUUUCUGAAAAUACUCUAAACUUUAGCUUCUAUGAAGAAAGCAAUAAAAAAUCUACAAGAAAGAAGUAGGUAUAAAGACUUCAUUGUAAUUUAGUUUUUUGAUGUUUUGUUAGGUCAAGAAUUUAAAAGAUUUCAUAAUCGUCUUUUUAAUUAGGAAAACGAAAAAAAGGUACUACAAUGUUGUUGGUAUUUUGAUUUUAAUACCUCUAAUCAACUUACUUUUACAAUUGU